AUGCUCUUGUCCAGCCGCGCCACCCCUCCUCAACCGCUAAAACUGGCCGGUCCGGAACGAUAUCUCUCCAUCAAAAGUCUGCUGCCGUCGACCCCGAUCCCGUCGCCUUCCCUUCCGUCGAUUCUUCCCCGCCACGGCAAGAAGCCUCCCAAGCUCAAUUCGCGCCGGUUUGUCCGAGCGUUGCUAUGGCUGUCGCUGCUGAUUGGAGUCUACUACCUCGCGACGUCUGGCAAGAAGGUGGACCCUCACUCGACUGACUCCGCCGUCCUGACGUCGCUCGGAAAUGUCUAUGAGGGUGGUGAGGCGCUCGAGUUGCCGGAUCGUCCAACACCACUGGCAUUGAUGGACGGCAAAGGCAAACGGCAUUGGACGGUCUGGAUCCCUCCGAGUCGCGGCUUUCCUUUGCCGUCGUCUGAAUAUGCAGAUCUGUGUUCCCAGGCAGAGAAUGUGGCUGGCCAUGUCGCCGGUCGACGUCGGUCCAGCCAAAAAAGCCAACAACAGGACUACAUGCGACACGACCCCAAUUAUCUCGACGUGGACGAAGCUCAGGCUCGCCAUUUUCUUCCUACAGGAGCAGAGAAGAAGAAUGUUGAUUCCACCGCCACUCCUCAGCAGACCUCUCUGCCCGUGUGCAACAGCACUCUGACAUAUGUUCUGGACGCUACUGAUGCGGGACUCGGAUCAGCCCUGCUGGGUAUAUGGCUCUCAUACGGCCUGGCCGAGCGCGAGAACCGGUCUUUCUUCAUCGACGACUCGAACUUUCCUUAUGGCAACUACAGUACGUUCUUCAUCCCACCGACUCCACCGCCAUGUCGGCCGCCUGUUCCGUCGCACCGCGUGCCCUGUCCCCAUCAAGCCAAACAUGUCGUUGUUUCGGCGGCGACCACGACGAAAUGGACAUUCGGCGAAUCCUUUCGUCGGCAGUACUCUCAGCGCGAAAUCUUCGCCAUGGCACGAACCGGCUACGAAGCUCUGUUCAAGCUCCGCAAGGACGACGACGACUACGUGCGCACGCGGACGAUGAAACUUAGAACGGGAACACUGACAAAAACCAACCCAUCCGCAGCAGUCGGGGACAGAGACGGAGAAGGAGAAGGUGAUCGACAAGAGAAUGGUCUAUUGGGCAUCCACAUCCGCCGCGGCGAUCGACACCCCUACGAAUUCGCCUACCAGCUCGGCUACCUCCCUCCGGACAGAUAUUUGUCUAUGGCGCGCAAACUGGUCGGCCAGUCGGAGCGGUGGAAGCUGAUUCUCGCGUCCGACGACGCCGAAAUGUACGACAACCUCGACCUGCCGGACACGGUUCGCGCGCAGCAGCGCAUCUCGCUGGCCAGCAAGAAGAGUCUGGGCAGUGGGCUGGGGUGGGAAGGCGGGUUCUUCAAAGACGUGUUCUGGAGCCUGGGUCUUCCGGCUGGCGCGCCGACGAAGGCGGAGACAUCGUAUUCGAGAGAGAGUCUUCCGCAAUCUUCGACCCAACAGGUCGACGGUAGUGGUGGUCGAGAUUACCGAACGGAUCCCACUAAAGAAGCUUUGCGGUUGAGAGAAUUGCUGGGCCGAGCGUAUCUGCUGGACCUGGCCGUGCUGGCGCAGAGCGAUAAGGUCGUUUGCGGAGUGUCGAGCCACGCGUGCCGCAUUCUGGCUGUCAUGUUGGGCUGGGAGCGGGCUUUUCAAAACAACGACUGGACCAAUGUCGAUGGGGACUAUGGCUGGAAAGCACUUGACUGA